CUUAUCUCUCUCAAAGACACACACACACAUUUUCUCUCUAGAUCUCCCACCCUUACUAGUUACCACCUGCCGCCACCAACCCCCAUAUCACCACCACACCACCUCCGCACCACCACCUGCCACCCCACGUCUAGGUUGGAUCCAGACCCACCUCAGAAUCAUUUGCAAUGAUAAAAAAGGUUUGGUUGCCAUGAGUCAAGUCGUUCAAGAAGUGUUGGUUAUCAACCGGAGUGUAAACCAGUUUGGAUACAAGCCAUGUUUGGUUCGAAAACAAAAUUCAGUUAACAUAAAAGCCUGGUUCGAGUCAUCAUCUUCCCCAAAUAUGAACCCUGAUUUGCCCCUUUCAAUUUCACGUCAAAUUCGAGUUCCAUGAUCACAGUUUUUGAAUAAAACCUUAGGGCUUUUGAUUAGAAAAUGAAAACAACUAGAAUGGUGGCUUUCUUACCUCAAAUCGGUGCACUAAUUACGACGGUUGCCCGUCGGAAAAUGAAACAGCGACGUCAAUAACAACAGAGCAGGUUGUGAUUUCGCGGUUGCCGGAUUGUUUUGCUGAAAGAAAUUGAUUCCCAGAGCAAAACAACGAACAAUUUAAGGUGUUUGUUCCAUGUGAGAAAAGGCAAAACGUGAUGAAUUAAAACCACACCUCGAUGGAGCUAAGAUGAAACAGGAGAUGAGAAUAGUAAAAGAAGGCGCUGGGGUUGCUGAAAUCAGAACGCUGAUGGUGGUGUAGUGGACGCGGUUGGUGUGAACGGUUUUUGUCCGAAGGCCUUCUGGUCACACAAUUGUAGAAACUAGAAACCAUGUAUUCUAAACGAGGAAGAAGAUGCAACCAAAAAGGUGGGUUCAGCUGGCUAUGGUAGAUGUCUAUAUCAAUUUACUUGUUAUAGGGGCUUGGAUUUUCUACAAGGAAGACUUCAGCCUGGUCAAAAAACCAAUUGCCGCGUUUGUUAUAUUUAUCACAGGAAGCAUUGCUAUAUGUGCAUAUGUGGUUAGGCAGUUCUCCAAGUUGUCACCCGAAGACUCGUCUAAGGAUCCAUUGUAUUUUGUGUUGGCGAGACGUCAAAAAGCGAAUGACACUAAACACAGGAGUUAUUCUCCAGCAACUCUAAGAGCAUUCUUUGGUGCACUAAUCGGCUUCAUGUUGGGAUACUAUAUUUACACGUAUAUUGUUGAUGGAUCUCCAUUCCGCAAAGAAGUACUCACAAUGUGCAUGGUAGGAACAAUAGCUGACCUCUAUGUCAUCAAGGGUGUUAUUAGUGUGUGGGUGGCAUACAAGGAAUCAAGUUGGAUAAGUGCUUUCAUGUGGAUGCUUAUACUUGCUUGUUUUGGGAGUAUUGGCACAUGUGCAUACCUAGUGAUUCAGUUGUCCUACAUCUCACCUCACCAACAUGUCUCAAGUGUACUUUUCAUGAACAAUAACAGUGAUAUGCCUGAAAGUGAUCCAUUAUUGACUAGAGGCAAGAAGCUAAUGUAAAAGUAUAUUGCAAGUGGUGGAGAAUUGAGGUGUUAUUUCUUGUUAUUUAAUCAAUAUGAAUGUAUUAUGGGAUAAAAACAUAUUUUAUGUUUUCCGUGUAUGCCACUUUUGAAGUUUGUAGCAUUUGCAUUUUGACCCAAGAUUGGGGACAUUUGUGUGGUAUUUAGAAAUGGUAAUAUAUCGUUUUGCCCUUUUUAAUUUUA